AUGACUCUGCCUCCAAAAGAGGACAAGCUGGUGCUCCCCUUCUGGCCAAAGCGCCUGUUCGCGCUGUGGCCCGUGUCUGCCGCCGCGGCGCUCUUUUUGCCCCCCCUCUUCCCGAUGGUCCCCAAGGCGCUGACCACCGCCCUUGGAACGUGGCCAGCGAGGACGCUACUGGCCGCCCCCCUCAUCGGAGGGGCCCUGUGGCUCAACAUGUCGGCCAAGGCGGAGUUCAGGAAGGCCCACACGCCCACGUCUCCCUUCAAGACCCCCACGGCGAUGGUGACCACGGGGGCGCUGAGCGUCACGCGCAACCCCCUGUACGUCGCCGUCGGCGCCCUGUUCGUGGGCAGCGGGUUCCUGUUCGACUCGGGAUACUUCUUGCUGACGUGGCUGCCGUGCUACUGGGUCAUACGCGUGUGCAUGCUGAGGGAAGAGGCGUUCCUGGAGCGAAAGUUCGGGGAAGAGUACGGCAAGUACAAGGCCGCGGUUCCCAGGUGGCUCUUUUGA